UCUUACUGUACAGAGUGUUCUUGGUCUUGAAAAUGGCACACACUCCAGCACAGUUGCUCAGAGACUAUCUGACUGAGUGGCGGAUACGUCAAAACCGCCUGGUGACCAAAGAAGGCCAUUGCAACAUUGAGUAUUCCAAUGUACAGUACAAAAAAUGGUCCAGUUUCAUGCAAGACAUUUGGACCACUUUAGUGGAGAUCCACUGGACGUUUAUUAUGUUCUUUUUUGUGUCUUCAUUUAUCCUUAGCUGGUUUGUAUUUGCACUUUUUUGGUACUGGGUCGGUGGUACCAAUGGUGACUUGUGGUGGCAAAACCCAUCAGCUAACCACAGUGCAUGUGUGGUUAAUGUCUAUGACCUUACCACUGCCUUUCUGUACUCACUGGAGACACAGACAUUUAUUGCUUAUGGCGCACGAGCCAUUACCACAUUUUGCCCAGGUGCCAUUGCUGUCUAUGUUUUCCAGGUUAACCUUGGUACUAUCAUUCCCUGCUUUUGGGGUGGAGUGGUAAUGGCCAAAAUCUCACUGCCCAAGAGAAGAGCCAAAGCAAUCAUAUUUAGUAAGAUGGCUGUCAUCUGCUCUAGACAAGAUACUCUGUGUCUAAAGAUACGACUGGCCAAUCUGCGCAAAUCACUGAUGAUUGGAACGCAAAUAUAUGGCAAGCUUAUUAAAACAACAACCACACCUGAAGGAGAAACCAUCAUCAUGGAUCAGGUCAACAUUGAGUUCACUGUGGAAACUGGGAAUGAAAACCUCUUCUUCAUCUCUCCACUGACUCUCUACCAUGUGAUAGACAAAACCAGUCCGUUCUUUGAAAUGACAAUGGACACUCUUCAGAAUCAAGACUUUGAGCUUGUCGUGUUUAUGGACAGUGUUGCUGAAUCCACCAGCUUCUCUUGCCAUGUGAGGACUUCCUACAUGCCUAAGGAGAUCAUGUGGGGCUUCCAGUUCCUCCCUAUUAUCUCCCGCAGCAAAGAGGGAAAGUAUCGUGUGGACUUCUCGAACUUUUCUAAAGUUAUGCGCGUGGAAAGUCCACAUUGUUCCCACUGCUUUCACAAUGAGAAAGCACAUCAACACUCCGGCGAUGGCACUGACAAUGAUGGCUUUGACUGUGAUAUGUGACCACUUGUCAGGAAGGUCUACCAGAUACAACGAAGAUCAAACCUGAAAACAGUAAUAAUUUUUUAAUUAAACUUUCCAAGAUUAACGAGGAGAUCGCUGCUUAUUAUGAAGUUAUGCAUUUUUUAUUCAGACCAAACAUGUAGUUUUCUUAACAAGAUUAAUUCAGUGUCAUCAUGUUUCAUUAAGUUAGCUGUAUUACUCAACUUAAAUUAAUUACCAUUUACCAAUUUAAAGCUGACACUUGUAAGAUUGCAUUACUUUACAUUACAUAGUACAGCCAGAACGACUAUGUAUUUGUUUGAGUAAUCGUUUUGUGUUAAGAUAUAGAUUUGUUUCUUUAUUUUCAGUGA